AUGGAUUUCGGCCCAGAAUCAUCGGAAUUUCAAAGGCUUCCGACGGACAGAAAUACGUUGGACGAAGAUCCCUCUGUCACCCUUCAGCCAUCGGCCGGUGAUACCAGCACUGCAACUAGUUCAUUCGCGACCGGACCCGAAGGAAGUUCUAGUAACGUCGCCUCGACUUCCGGAAACAUAGAGUUCACGAAGAGAAAGAACUGGUCGCAACAAAUGGUCGAAGAAUUAAAAGAUUUUUUGCACGUUAUAUCAACGACGGGAAAAAUUAUGUAUUGUUCCCCCUCGUCAACGGAAAUAGUCGGGUACUCACCCGAGGAAUUGGUUAAUCGUAUCAUCACGGACUUCAUCCAUGUCGACGACAUUGACAUGUUCGUUCGAGAUUUCAACAAUGCCAUGCGUCUGAAAACCAACUUCACCAUCUACUAUCGAUUCCGAAGGAAAGAUGACAAAUUUGUCAUCCUAGAGGUCAACGGUCAGCCGUACUUUGGUGAAAAUAACUCCAUGGAAAAUUGUAAAUGUUUCUUUAAUAUUGCCAGGGUGUAUCCUUCCAAAACGGCUGUGAUGUUGGAUACAUUCUUGGAACUUAAAGUGGAGAACGAAUACUUGCGUCGUCAACUACACGACUUACUUGGUCCACCUGAGAUCACAGCCGAGGGUAGCGGCAGUGCUGAGGCGACCACCAGCGAGGUAGUACUUCCAAGCGAAGGCAGUGCAAUGGAGGAAAUGGUUCAGGGUACGACCAAUCCAAUCAACCUACUCACCGGUCUGAGGUAUGACGAGGGUGAAUAUGCUAAAGGAAUUUCCACCGGCUCGAAAAAUCCUAGUUUAUUAAAUGAGAGUUCGAUGGAUAUAGACAAGAGAGAUGAUUCUUCGAGUACAAUCACCACUUCAACUGAUUCAACCUCUCAAGCUGUUGUUACACCUUCACCUUCAAAGAAGAAGAAAAAACUAAAGAAAGACGAGGAGGAGUACGUUUGCACGGAUUGUGGAACGGUCGAAUCGCCGGAGUGGAGAAAAGGUCCUUUGGGACCAAAGAC